AGGUUGCAUUGACAAUGUUACAUCAGAUUUUGUCUUCAUAUUCAUCCGAAAAUUUCCAGUUUCUGAUUAAUUUUUCUUCUCUACAAUUUAAAAAUUCCGGGUUAAACAAUACCAGAGCCCAUGCCAACAAAUGUUUCUUCCCAUGCAGAGAAGAACAACUUGGUGGGCGUCGAGUUUCUUCUAGAACUCCCCAAAACCCUAAGCAAAUCAAACAAGAAAUGGCAAGUAGCAUUCAUCAAGAUUUACUGCUCAAGAACUCUCCUCAACUGCGCCAAACACGCCAUAGGAAAACCCGGUUUGUUUCCUCGUUCCCUUUCCUACACCGCCAUUGAUCUCGACCAUCCUCAAGAUCAUCACAGAGACUUCAAGAUCGAUCAAGAAACCCUAAAUGAUCUCGUCAAGAACAAGAACCAAGAGAAACUCCAGUCUCUUGGUGGCCCAAAUGGCUUAGUCUCAGCUCUCAAGACAAACACGCGUCUAGGGAUCAACGAAGAAGCCGACGAGAUUCAACGCAGGCGUUCAACGUUCGGGUCCAACACCUACACGAGACCACCAUCGAAGAGCCUCAUCCAUUUCGUGAUCGAAGCUUUCAAAGACCUCACGAUUCUCAUCCUUCUCGGUUGCGCAACGCUCUCUCUCGGGUUCGGUAUCAAAGAGCACGGAUUAAAAGAAGGAUGGUACGAUGGAGGAAGCAUAUUCGUAGCGGUUUUCUUGGUGGUAGCUGUCUCUGCGGUCAGCAACUUCAGACAGAACAGACAGUUCGACAAACUCUCGAAAGUAAGUAGCAACAUCAAGAUCGAUGUCGUUAGAAACGGACGUCGUCAAGAGAUUUCGAUCUUUGACAUCGUCGUUGGAGAUAUCAUUUGUUUAAACAUCGGAGAUCAAGUUCCAGCGGAUGGAGUGUUGGUUGAAGGACAUUCACUGCACGUCGACGAAUCAAGCAUGACCGGAGAAAGCGAUCACGUCGAGGUGAAUCUAAACGGGAACACAUUCUUGUUCUCGGGUACUAAAGUCGCUGAUGGGUUUGGUAAAAUGGUGGUUACAUCCGUUGGUAUGAACACAGCUUGGGGACAAAUGAUGAGUCACAUCUCACGCGACACAAACGAGCAAACUCCAUUGCAAACUCGUCUCGACAAGCUUACUUCUUCGAUAGGAAAAGUCGGUUUACUCGUAGCGUUCUUGGUUCUUCUUGUUCUUUUAAUCCGUUACUUCACGGGAAGCACUAAAGACGAGAGCGGGAAACGCGAGUAUAACGGAAAGAAAACGAAAAGUGAUGAGAUUGUGAACGCGGUUGUUGAAAUGGUUGCGGCUGCGGUUACGAUUAUAGUGGUUGCGAUACCUGAAGGGUUACCGUUAGCUGUGACAUUAACAUUAGCAUAUUCGAUGAAGAGAAUGAUGAAAGAUCAAGCUAUGGUAAGGAAGCUCUCUGCUUGCGAGACAAUGGGCUCUGCUACUACUAUAUGUACCGAUAAAACCGGUACUUUGACGCUUAACCAAAUGAAGGUAACCGAUUCCUGGUUCGGUUUAGAAUCAGUAAAAGCUUCUCCUUCUUCUACUCUGUCGAGGAAAGUGGUUGAGUUGUUUCAUCAAGGAGUUGCGAUGAACACUACAGGGAGUGUGUUUAAGGCUAAAGGAUCAUCAUCGGAGUAUGAAUUCUCUGGUAGUCCGACGGAGAAAGCGAUCUUAAGCUGGGCGGUUGGGGAACUGAAGAUGGAUAUGGAGGAAGUGAUUAGAGAACACGAGGUUGUUCACGUUGAAGGUUUUAACUCAGAGAAGAAGAGAAGUGGUGUACUGAUCAAGAAGAGAAGAGAGAUCACAGUUCAUUGGAAAGGAGCUGCUGAGAAGAUUCUAGCAAUGUGUUCUACAUACUACGAUGGUUCUGGAGUCGUGAGAGAGAUUCAAGAAGACGAUAAGAUUCAAUUCGAGAAUAUCAUUCAAUCAAUGGCAGCUAAAUCCCUACGUUGCAUAGCGUUUGCUUACUCAGAUGGAGAAACCAAGAAGCUAAAAGAAGAGAAGCUGAGCUUACUCGGAAUCGUGGGGAUCAAAGAUCCGUGCAGACCAGGAGUCAAGAAAGCCGUCGAGGACUGCCAAUUCGCCGGAGUAAACAUCAAAAUGAUCACCGGAGACAACAUAUUCACGGCGAGAGCCAUCGCCGUAGAGUGCGGGAUCUUAACACCCGAAGACGAAACGAACGAGGACGCUGUGUUGGAAGGAGAGGCGUUUCGAAGCUACACUCAGCAGCAACGGCUAGAGAAGGUCGAGAGAAUCAAAGUGAUGGCGAGAUCCUCGCCGUUCGAUAAACUCCUGAUGGUGAAAUGCCUCAAGGAGCUAGGUCACGUCGUGGCGGUUACAGGCGACGGAACAAACGACGCGCCGGCGUUGAAAGAAGCAGAUAUCGGACUCUCGAUGGGGAUCCAAGGCACGGAGGUGGCGAAGGAGAGCUCCGAUAUCGUGAUCCUCGACGAUAACUUCGCCUCCGUCGCGACGGUUUUGAAAUGGGGGAGAUGCGUCUACAACAACAUCCAGAAAUUCAUUCAGUUUCAGCUCACCGUCAACGUGGCGGCGUUAGUGAUCAACUUCGUGGCGGCUGUUUCCGCCGGAGAGGUUCCGUUGACGGCGGUUCAGUUGCUGUGGGUGAAUCUGAUCAUGGACACGCUCGGCGCGUUGGCUUUAGCUACAGAGAAACCGACUAACGAUUUAAUGAAGAAUAAACCGGUCGGUCGAACCGCUCCGUUGAUUACAAACGUCAUGUGGAGGAAUCUGUUGGCCCAAGCGUUUUAUCAGAUCAGUGUUUUGCUGGUGCUUCAGUUUCGAGGGAGGUCGAUCUUUGGCGUGACGGAGAGAGUGAAGAACACUUUGAUAUUCAAUACGUUUGUGUUGUGUCAAGUGUUCAACGAGUUUAACGCGAGGAGUCUUGAGAAGAAGAAUGUGUUUAGAGGGUUGCAUAAGAACAGGCUCUUCGUUGGGAUUAUUGUUGUGACUGUGGUCUUGCAGGUUGUGAUGGUUGAGUUUCUCAAGAGGUUUGCUGAUACUGAGAGGCUGAAUUGGGGACAGUGGGGAGUUUGCUUGGCCAUUGCGGCGGCGUCGUGGCCGAUCGGAUGGUUGGUGAAGUCUGUUCCGGUACCGGAGAAGCACUUCUUUAGCUACCUGAAAUGGAAGAAGAGAUCUUGAGAAGCAAGCUCUAAAAUUGUUUUUUUUUUAAAGUAUUUGCUUCUUUUUUUAAAAAAAUUAUUUGAUUUGAAUAAACAUUGUAAAGGUUUCAUUUAUUUAUUUAUUUAUAUUUCUAUAUA